AUGGUGUCACGACUUUCGAGCAUCGCCUUCUGGGCUGUUGCUCUUUGCUUCUUGUGUCUUGCAACCCUGAGCAGUGCUGAUAAGCUUCGUCACCCUCACGCCGACCACUAUCGCAUCCAGCGCCGUUCCGUCAUCACCAAGGCUCCAGAAUGGACAAAGAAGAUUACCAUGAGCCCGGGUCAUCAGAACCCUGCCAAGGCCCCCCCAAACCCCACCGAAGAUCUCGAGCUCUCUGAGGACUCUGCCACCAGUCUUGACCAAUACUACAAGGAUGCUCAGAAUGCUACUGAGUCUUCUGCCGGCGUCACCCCCAACAAGUCUGGUCUCUCGCGCCGCUCGCUCGAGAGGCGUGGCAGUGGCCCCACGUACUGCAAAGACGCACCUUGCCCCGACGACAGCUGCUGUGGUCCCGAGGGUAUCUGCGGUUACGGACCCGACUACUGUGGCAAGGGAUGUUCUUCCAACUGUGACGCUAAGGCUAUGUGUGGAGAGUACAGUGAGGAAGGUGAAAUGCCUUGCGGCAUGAACCUCUGCUGUUCUACCUCUGGCUGGUGUGGUACCACUGAAGUCUUCUGUGAUAAUGCCGACCCCAUCCACAAGACCCUCCCCUGCCAAGCCGGCUACGGAUCCUGUAACAUAGCCUCCUCUCCCUCCUGCGCAAAGGGUGGUGGUAGCACCAACGGUCGAACCAUUGGCUACUACCAAUCUUGGAAUGUGCGUACACGUAAAUGUGACACCAAGACCCCCAAGCAGCUCGACACAACAGGCUUCACCCAUCUUUUCUACUCCUUUGCCUUUAUCGACCCUACCAGCUUCAAGGUCACCCCCGCCCACAACGACGAUGCCAAGCAGAUGCGUGAAUUCACCGACCUCUCCAAGGGCGGUAAGCUCAAGACUUGGAUCGCUAUCGGCGGUUUCGAUAUGAGUAAUGAGGAGGCCCCUACGCAUACUACAUGGAGUGAUAUGGUGUCCACCAAGGCCAAUCGAGCGGCUUUUAUCGAGUCGGUUCGUGACUACAUGGAUGAGUAUGGCUUCACUGGUGUCGAUCUUGACUGGGAGUACCCCGGUGAGCCUAAACGUGGCGGUCGCAAGCUGGCUGAUACUCGCAACUUUUCCAUGCUCCUCCGUGAGAUGCGUGCCGCCUAUGGUGCCAAGUAUGGUAUUAGCUUGACUUUGGCUCCUGAUUAUUGGUAUCUUCGCUGGUUCGACGCCAAGGCUAUGGAGCCUUAUGUCGACUUUUUCGGGUUUAUGGCUUAUGAUCUCCACGGUUCUUGGGACUCCGAUGUCAGAACUCUCGGCAAGAUUAUUCGUGGCCAGGCUGAUAUCCGAGAGAUCGGUAACAACACUAUUCCCCUUUGGUUCGACGGCCUGGACCCUAAAAAGAUCAACUUUGGUCUGGCUAUGUACGGUCGUGGUUACACUGUCGCAGACAAGAGCUGCAAUGCUCUUGGGUGUAGCUUUGCCGGACCUAGCAAGAAGGGAGAAUGCACUGACUCUGAUGGUGUCAUGUCCCUUGGCGAGAUCAAGAACCUUAUCAAGAACAAGGGUGUCAAGUCUACGUACCUGAAGGAUGCUAUGAUGAAGCAGAUCGCUUGGGACGAUCAAUGGAUCGGAUAUGACGACGAGGAGACCUUUGCAGACAAGAAGGCUUGGGCUGAUGGUUACUGUUUCGGAGGUACCAUGAUCUGGAGUAUCGACUUCCAAGCCAGCGGCAGUUCCUCUGGCGGCAGCGGUGGUAGCGGAGGUGGUAGUGUACCAGCUCUCCCCGCCGAAUUGCCCGGUAUUCCCGAGUCUCUGAAGGGCAAGCGUCUACCAGAAUGUGUAGGCGGCCAACUGUACGAGAACGUCAAGGACAAGGCCAAGCUUUGGUACGACUCUGGUGCCGAGCAGUGGGUUGACGAGUACAUCAACUCCAAGAAGGACCACACACUGUGGGCUCGCGACCUCUAUCUCGCUCUCUUCCCCAAGGCAGAUCAGACAUCUUUCCUCUGCAACGAACCCGGAGCGCAAUGCAAGCACAGCAAGGAGUGCAGUGACUUCAACGACAUUGGUCUUGGUGGACUUUACUACAUGUUCCAGUCGAUUGAGAACUCGUUCAACUACUUCGACCAGUUCUAUACACGUUACACUGACGAGAUGUCCUUCGUGAUCGAUAACGUCGCCAACAUCCGAACAGGCCUCAACAUCCCCAGCGGCGCCCCCAAAGCAUCCCUCGACAUGUACAGCAUCCUCGGUGCAGCUUUCAGCAUCGUCAGCGCUGCCGGUACAGCCGCACCCGCGAUUGGAGGUCCCACAGCUGGCCUCAGUGGUCUCAUGUACCUGCUCUCUGGCACAGCAUCCAGCGAUGUCUCGCCCAAUGAUGCCGUUGAGGCCAAGGAUUCGGCUACCAAGCUCAUGAUCAAGGUCAGAGAUGAUGGUCGUGCUGUCAUCGAAGACAUCAUUGGUGGCAUGUUUGGUAGAAAGGGCACACCUCAGAGCAAGAUCCCCGAGCCUAUGCUUGUUGGAGACGCCAAGUAUAAGAACCCUUGUGUUCGAGUGUUUGGAUGGGGAGCUUGGGUCAAGGAUGAUGCUCUUGAGGGUCUUAAGGACAUGAUUCACACUAUGAGAGGCAACAUGGACAAGGCCUUACUGUGGCAGAUGGCCAGGAACUGGCGCGGCCUCUACGUUGUCGUCCGCGAUGACCUUCCUCAAUCCAAGUGCACCAACCCCAACAACGCCUGGGAAGCCGAAAAGAGCCGCUGCCUCGACGUCCUCGCCUGGUACCCCAAGAAGGUCAGCCAGACCCUUGGUGGCAACACGGACAUCUACUUCGCCUGGGACACCUGGGGCAUGGACAAGCUGGCCACGCUCCGCAACGCCGUCAACUGCUGGGAGAACAACGGCGGCCACGUCGGUGAGCCCAAGACGGAUAUUGGUACCCUCAAGAGCAGCAACCCUUACGACCUUCACUGCUUCUUCUCCAUGCCCGUUCUCAAGGGUAACUACAGUGACGUCUCCAAGGGAUCGAUCUGGAUGGCGGGUAACUUCCCUGGCCAGGAGAACGAGCUCGGUAAGCUUUGGCCCAAGUCCAAGUGCGAGCAGGGCAACAGGGAUCUCAAGCAGAAUCCCUUCAACACCAAGAAGAUGUACGAUUGUGCCAGCAUUGAUCUUACUAAGGAUCUUAUGUAA